GGUGUCGUAAGAUCAACAGCAUCACAUUCUAGUUUAUUUCCCCUAUUAGUGUUAUUAUUACUGCGCUUUUAUCUUCACUGCUUUUAUAUGGUUAUGGCUAUGAAUCAAGAUUAUUCUCUCCCCAGCAAUCACCAAUUGACUAUUAGCCAGGAUGAAGAGGAGAAGCUUGUCAAGCGACUAUAUUACCGCCAGAUGGAUAUAAUGGCUCAGCGCGAAGCAGAGCGAGAGAACUCACUCAAACGCAUGCGUCCUCAGAAAUCCAAAGAACAUAUUUCGAAAGAGGAGGAGGAACGUCUUAUUGAACGUAUUUAUAAUUUACAACUUCAGCGGUUUCAACUCUCCAAGGAGGAGCGCGAGCGAAAGGCCAAUGCCGAGGUUCAUAAAAAUGACAAGGUCCUAAGUAGUAGUGAAAUUGAAGACCAGGUGCGUCGAAUGUAUGAUAUUGAACUCGAGAAGUCUAAAAAGAUUCGACAGGACCUUGAAAAUCGCUACUUUCCAAGACAAGAAACCAAAAAAAUAGGACCGAAUGAGUUGAAGGAAUGUGUUCAGCGCCUUUCGUUUGUGGAUUAUGAGAAAAUGGACAGAGAGCUUUUUGAGAAGUACGUAUACCCUCACGACCCCAAAACCACUGUAAUAACGAGAAGUCAGGAGGAGGCCAUGGCGGACCGUCUAUCUACCCUAAAAUCCCAAACCUAAGAGAGGGAUAGGCGGAGGGGCUAAAAAAAAAAGGGGUUUAGUCCAUCGUGAUGUCUUUCCUAUUUUUGACUUUCCCUAUUCUUGUGUUGUGCUGUUGAGCAUGCAAUACUAAAAAACGAAUUUUUCGUUUUGUAGAUUUUUUUCCGAACAUUUACAUUGAUGUGCUUUUCUCUCUUAUGAUGUAAAAUUUCUGGUAGUUUGUACGAUUAUAUAUUUAUAUUAUUCAAGGUCAUUUGUAUUGAUCUUUAGAUAGCCACUGUGGUGCGGAUAUUCCAGGCGUACUUCUAUUGAUUGGACUUCAUGUAGUUUCCGUUAAUCUUCUGCGUAUGGAUUUACAACCAAUACGAUGAUUUUUGAUCGAUGAUCAUCCAAAAAUCAGAUUUAGAUUAUAUUCUAUUUGGUUUUAAUGCACACACACACAUUCCUAAUGUAUAUAUCCACACUUAUAUAAAAUAUCAAUAAUGGAAGUCACUCACCGAUGGCAAGAAACUAAAUGGAAAGUGAGAAUAU